UCUCUUUCGCGUUCUCUUAUUCUCGCUCCCUGAACGCCUCGCCAGUGUUCAGGGUCUCCCAUUUACAAACACACAUAUUUGCAAUCAGAUUUUGGAAUGGGGGAGUAGUAUAUUGCAAGGCCACAACAAAUUUCCAUUUUCUUCUGUAAUUUCGACCAGACUACAUUAACAUGCGAACAAUUGUUCUUUUGUUUCCUCUUGCGGUUAUUGUUUGUUGCAAUCUUGUUGUAACGGAGGAGCGGCUGAAUUGACGAUGGUUGUCGGAGAUUAGCGACGUGGAUCUUGCAAUUGACAUAUGCAAUCUUGUAGUGUAUGCCAAUGCCCAAACCAAUGCCAAGCAUGUGAUUGCUAAUCUCCUAUGGAAAGACGACUCCUCUAAAAGAUUUUCUUAAAACCUGCUCUUUAGUAUGUUGUUGCAGCCAUUCUUACUUACACGAUAUACACCAGAAUGGCUGCAAUCAUUGAUCGUAAUCACGGAUUUAAGUCACUUGCCCAACUCCCAAGAUGCAGACUCCAAUCUUACUCUCAUUUGGAUCCCAGCAUGCACGAUUCCACGCAUAACAUCACACACACAUCCAAUGUCACCACUACUCUCCACAAAAGUUAUUCCACCCCAUGCCUUUCUUUAGCCACUAACGCGAAACAAGAGGUUGAAUCACCUAAUCCAAGAAUUGAAAUCGUUAGUGGUCAAAAGGCUCCAAAGGUUCAUGAUCUUGUAGCUGAGGUUGCCAUUGCAUUAGCAUCUGGGGUCAAGCCUACACCUGUGCCAAGUGGGCUUGGUGGGGCCUACUAUAUGCAAUCAAGAAAAGAAGGUAACAGUAACAACACAAUCGCAGUUGUGAAGCCAGCCGAUGAAGAACCAUUAGCAUUCAACAAUCCUAAAGGCUUUGCAGGCCGGAUGCUGGGCCAGCCCGGAAUGAAACGGUCCAUCAGGGUAGGUGAAACCGGGCUUCGUGAACUGGCUGCUUAUUUGCUUGAUCAUGGUGGCUUUGCAGGCGUUCCUCCAUCAGCACUUGUCAAAAUCUGUCAUGUCACUUUUAAUGUAAACGUAAACAUGGAAUUGGCAUCAAACCCACCUUUUAAAAUCACAUCUAUACAGAGAUAUGUAGAACACGAGACAGAUGCAGGAGAUUUGGGCCCGUCUAGGUUCUCAGUUUGCUCAGUUCAUCGUAUUGGCAUUCUUGACAUUCGGCUCCUUAAUCUGGACCGACACGCAGGGAACAUGCUUGUGAAGAAUUUUAAUGGGAACCAUGUUGCUGGGAAGGCUGAACUUGUCCCAAUUGAUCAUGGGUUUUGUUUACCCGAGUCAUUAGAUGACCCGUAUUUCGAAUGGCUACAUUGGCCCCAAUCUUCAAUCCCAUUUUCAGAACUAGAAGCUGAUUAUAUCUCAAGUCUUGAUCCGUUUAAAGAUGCUGAACUUUUAAGAACCGAACUUCCAUCAAUCAGGGAGUGUUCUGUGCGUGUUUUCAUACUUUGUACCAUUUUCUUGAAACGGGCAACUGCUGCUGGGCUUUCUCUUGCUGAUAUAGGUGAAAUGAUGACACGAGAUUUCAUCGGAGGUGAAGAGAGUUGGAGUAUUUUGGAGAAUAUUUGCGUAAACGCAAAGGCUAACUUGGAUAUGGAAAUAUUAAGUAAUGGAAGUGAUGAGAAUAAAGAAUUUGACGAAAUGUUUGCAUUUGAUAAGGUGUUUGAAGACAGUUUGAACCAGGAUCAGGAUGUUUCAACACUUUCAGCAGAUGGUAAACCAACAAAAAUGAUGAGAUAUUCAUCUGAAGGAGCAAGGGGUAAGUUAAUUGAUCCACGUUUGACCCGACUAGUACAAGAAAGUGGCAUUAAAGAUGGUUGUGGUCCAGCCGGGAUAUCAAUACCAAGAAGCGCAAGUUUUGCAGCUCAUAGCAAAAAUCCUGAUACGGGUGUGUGUGUUUCGUUUGAGGAAAUGAAGGAAGACGAAUGGUCCUCGUUCUUGGAGUAUUAUGAGGAGCUUUUACCAGAGGCUUUUCUGCAGAAACAAAGCACCAGCAUGUUGAAACAGAGGUUAGGAUAUUCUUGUGAAUUCUGAAGAGAAUGCUGAUUUCAUGAACAAAAAAAAAAGGUAUUAAUUAAUUUCAAUAUA